AUGGAAACUGCGCUUUCCAAAUUGCAUGUAUACAGUCAAGACAGAAGUAUCUGGACUGCCAACUGUCAACUUUCCAGAUGUUUGUCCACAAGAACCGGUAACUCGAAAUUCUGCAAAGACCACUGCAAACUCGCGAAAGAGAAUGGUGUUCCCACCGAACUAAGGGCUUUCUUACACGAGUAUUGUGGGAUCCCAAGAAAAACAGAUGAUUCCACAUUAAAUGAGCAUGUUCAAUCCAGUGAUGUAGAAAAGGUUGAAAGCAAAAGAAAGCAACUUCCCAUUGGAAACAGUUCUUCAGAAUUGACUAAAAUUCAAGGAACAAGCUCAUUUCUGACGAAAAACCAAGGUCUUUUGACUGUGAACACCGAGUCAGCAGAUACAAGCAGUGAUCCUUGCAAUAAAGACACUGGAGAAAAGCAGAAAACAUUGCAAAAAAUGGUCCCGCGGUCUCCUCCAUUAUGUUAGAGGUGGAGCCCACAUUGAAUUCCGUUUGCCGUUUCGUUAUUGCGGUCAUGCUAUCAACUAAAGAUUUCUCAUUAGCUUCCAUUCAUAUGCAUUUUUUGUCGUUCGACUUUCUUUGAGUGCUUGAA